UCUAGUAUAAAAUAAAAAGAAGGCAAUUAUAAAGAAAUAAUGACAGAUGAUGGAUAAUAUGAAGUUUGCUUCAAAUCAUUAGAUAAAUAUUAUAAAUUGAUUAGUUUUAACUUUGAUUUUGUAGAGGAAAAUGAUUUAGCAUUGGCAGGUAUAUUAAUAUCUUUAUAUAAAUAGAAACAAUGGAUUAAAUGGCUGAAGAGAUGAAAUAGGCUUAUAGAAGUUUAAAGACAAUAUAAAAUAAUUAACAUUAUUAAAAUGAUAGAGAGAAUGAACAUUAAAGAAUGUUAGAAUCAACAGAAAAAAAAUUAUGGUGGUGUUCAGCAGGUAAAAUGGGAGCUUUAAUUGUCAUAUGCAUUUCUCAAAUUUACAUGUUAACAGGAUACUUUAAAGGAAAAUCAUUUGGUCCAAAUGUUUGA